AUAUCAAUACUAUUUUAAAAGAAGGUUGCACUCUACUUUUAAUUGCUGCAUCAUAUUAUAAAGAAGAACUUAUUGAAUACCUUUUGGAACGUGGAGCUGAUGCUACUAUACAUAAUUAUGAUGGAUAUACACCAUUAAUGGCAUUAUGUGAAAGUGCAAAAAUGAGAGAUUAUUCAGGUUGUUCAUCUCUAUUAAUUGAAGUAUCAAAUGUAGAUGCAACUGAUAACCAAAAAAUGACAGCUUUAAUGUACGCUUGUAAAGAAGGAAAAAUAGAACUUGUAAAGGAACUAAUAAAACAUACCAAAAAUAUUAAUGCUGAAGAUAUACAAGGUUAUACUGCUUUAUUUCAUGCUGUCCUAAGCGCAAGAAUUGAAGUAGUAAAAUUACUUGUGGACAAUAAAGCUGAUACCUCAAUUAUGAAUAAUGAGAAUUAUACUGCUGAAAAUGUGGCGCAUUUAAAAGGAUAUUACGAGAUCUCAUCAUUUUUAUCCAGCAAAGUUGAUGAAUCGUUGAAUUAUGAAAUACUUUCAAAUGUUAAUUGGAGAUAUCAAUUUCACAGAUUAUUUUCUAUGGAAGAUCGACAUGUGGACUAUGAUAUACAUGAUUAUUUGUUUCAAUUAAAUCUAAGUUGUUAUGUAGCGAUUUUUAGAAAAAUGAAGUUACACAUAUUUUUACAGUUAACUGAAGAAGAUCUCAUAAAUUUAAAAAUGAAUAUUAGUGUCCAUAGAAAUCGAUUUUUAGAAUUUCUAAAUCAAUUUCAUUGUAAACCAUGGGACAAGAUGUCCCUACAUUUAUAUUUAUAUGAUUCUCCUUACACAUUUUAUCAUGGGCUUACAUGUGUGAGUACAGUUGCUAAUCAAAUAAUGAUUAUGAAUUCUACUUUUCAUUAUAUAAAAAAAAAUGUGAAUAAUCAUUUUUUUGAAAAUAUGUUUAUCAAUGAUGCACAAAUAUCUGAAUAUAUAAAUACACUUAAAAGUACUGAAAAGGAACUUGUAAAUAUAAGAAAAAGACUUUUGCAACUAAAAACUCUUGCAAAAAAGAUAAAACGAGAAAAUUCUUUAAAGAUUCCUCCAUCUUACAUCGGUCCAAAAGUAACCAAAAAUUUUUAUUUUAAACCUAUAAUAUUGAGUAUACUAUUAGUAUGUGGAAUGUAUUUAACUAAGGUACAAGUCUAUAAAUAAAAUACUGUCAAUGGGAAA